ACAGUGACGCAGUUAACGAGAGAGCCAGGUGUGACGUGGUUAAUGAAAGAGCCGAUGACUUGAACUGAGAAGAGGAUUUUCAGUAGUGAAAUGUUGAUUGCGUAGUUUCAUUACAACGCUGUCAAUCAAACUGCCAGCAAAUCCCUUUCUCGACUGUUGUCAUGGAAACCCGCUUUCAGUUUUGGGGGAAGUCUCAUCUUCCGACCGAGCACGAGUUCGACAUGGCUUAGGCGCUGUUAUACGGUCAUGUUGAUUGAUGAGUAGGCGCUGGUAUAUGGCCAUGUUGAUUGAUGUUUUGGCGUUGAGUGGUUGACGGAAGGAAGGGGGGAUGAACUGCAAUGGGGGAGGCUACAGCUACCGAGAGAAGUAAUAUGCAAACGCUUCAAAGAAGCUACCGAGGAACAAAAAACCAAACAAAACAAAAAAAAAAAACAACAAAAAACUGAGCAUUGUGGUAGAUAAGAGGAUGAGAAUAAGACAAUCAAAAGGAGAUUGUUGUUUGGUAGAAGGCGUGUGUGAGCAAUCGAAUGAGUUGACUGACAUGUCUGUAGUCGGCGGCUGUCACUGCCGUGUACCUGAUUAACACAUAAUGAGUUUCGGGGUAGAAUGUACUGUAAAAAAACUUAUUUGCGAGUCAUGUAAAGCUGAGAACGACACAAACUCUACAGACACGCAGUUUUCACCACCAGCCAGUCAGAACUCUAAUAAUGGCGAUUUAUACAUGGACUUAAGGCAUAGUCUACAUCACAUACAUUUAUUCCAGAUUUCGUGAAUAGAAAGCAUUACUAUAACGAACUCGGGGGAUGGGGGAAUAAUAAAGGAGUGGACGAGUGAGUGCGCGUCUGUUGGAACAUCAGUUAUCGGGUUCGGAGCAGCUCACUGGAAUAUGAGUAUGGUACCAGGCAGAAAAAAACAAGCGCAGAGAAAGCCAAUCUCCGUUGGGAUCUGCUAUGCUAUCUACACAGCGCAGUAAAUAAAACUAAAAGUAUUUACUAAUAUGUUGACAGUGUGUAAUGACUAAAGACUUAGAGCCUGGUGAUUAAAGCUCGCACUGGUUGACCAAGUGAGAUGAAGCGCGCGGUCAAGAGCUACGUGCAGUGUGAUGUAUGAUGGCAACAGCGAAGACCUUUCUACAAGAUCGGUCAGGAAGAUUUCUCCCGCAGCAUCUCGUCUGCACGAAGAGAGGGUUGGCGGUGGUGUUGGUGGUGGUGGCGACGAGCAUGAACAGUCUUUGGGACACCCUCCAGCCGGAAGGUUGUGUCCUCCUCACUCCCCUGAGCAAGUCCUACAGAGGGACUUUGGUAUAUUCCUUCCCUUGCCCAAGUGCCUGGAGGUCCUGUGCAGGACAAGUAAAGGAAGCGAAACUGCACGUACCUGCCCGACACGGCGGUGACACCGCCUGUAGCGCCACCUCCCCCAACACAAGCGGGUGCUUGUCUUCAGCCUCUCUUCUGACGUCAUAGGGGGCUUAUCGCGGCGACCCCCAUCAGCACGUGACAUGUUACCCAAAGUGAGACCCUCAGUUGCGCAUUCCGAGUGUCGGCUGAGGUGGCGGGUGGAGAGAAUGGCGCACUAUGGCCGGACAGAUGGUGACACGAGCUGCGCAGGCUGGGUGCGCAGGCGGGGCCAGGCCAGGCGACUGCUCAAAGAAGUUGCUUGACGCCAGCCAACACUAGCCCACUGUGCCGCUCACCCGCCUGCCAUCCUUAUCUCCCCCUACCAUCGCUCUUCGUCGUCACUCAUGUUCGCAGCGCCUGUCUCAUCUGCGCGUGCGAAUGUAGGAUGCGAGGCCAUGUACGUAUAUAUACUCGCUCACUCGUACGCCCGUCCCCUCCUGCUUGCCUCUACUCAAGUCUUGUGUCUAUUCACCAGCAGUGCGUGAGUUUGCGUGCGCGUCUGCGUGUGUCAGCAGAGGAUUGGGGCUGAUAACGAGGGUAUCGCCGCUUCGAGAGGUCUGUGGCUUCGAGAUGUACUGGCGGCCACAAAGAGAAACCCGAGGUCAUCGGUGACAGCAAUGCUUCCAGACGAGGGCGUGAUUGUCUGUCAACAUAACAGCACUUGGCACUGACCUUUUUGGCCUUCAUGACGUGUAGCGGACAGCUGUUGCUUCAAUGACAGCGAGUUCAGCAGCGACACACUACACUAGACAUAAAGACGGCGCUUGUGUCGGUGUCAACUAGUCCGUCAGUGACGUUCUACGCUCUGCUGCAAACGUUGGUUGUCACCGUCGCUGACACGUCUUGAUACGUUGUGACGUCCUCAAACCAAGUAGCACGCGCAAGUUGCCACCAUGAACAUCAACCUCGCAGACGCGGACAACCGCGUCAUUAUCAACGUGGGCGGCAUCCGUCACGAGACAUACAAGGCCACGCUGAAGAAGAUCCCAGCCACACGUCUGUCUCGCCUGACCGAGGCUCUCGCCAACUACGAUCCAGUGCUCAACGAAUACUUCUUUGACCGCCAUCCUGGGGUCUUCGCACAGAUCCUAAACUACUAUCGCUCAGGCAAGCUCCACUAUCCGACUGAUGUGUGUGGCCCCCUCUUCGAGGAGGAACUGGAGUUCUGGGGCCUUGACUCCAACCAGGUGGAGCCUUGCUGCUGGAUGACCUACACCCAGCACCGAGACACGCAGGAUGUUCUGGCCAUUCUUGACCGCCUGGACCUGGACACAGACAAGCCCACGGAGGAAGACAUCAUGAAGAAGUUCGGCCUGGAGGAGGAGUACAAGGCUGGCGAGCUCAACUGCUGGCAACGCAUCCAACCCAAGAUCUGGGCACUCUUUGACGAGCCCUACUCCUCCACCACCGCCAAGCGGCCGAUCUGUCCGCGGAUCAUCGCCGUUAUAUCUGUGUUUUUCAUUACCAUCUCCAUCUUGUCCUUCUGCCUGAAGACGCACCCUGAGAUGCGCGUGCCCGUCAUCAUCAAUACCACAGAGUCACGUGCUGACGGCACGCAGUCAUGGCGCCUGACCAAGGACGAGACAGAGCCGCAUGAAGCCUUCUUUUACAUCGAGUGCGCCAGCAACGCCUGGUUCACCUUCGAGAUCAUUAUACGCUUCGUGGUGGCGCCCAAUAAACUAGACUUUCUCAAGGCGCCGGUCAACAUCAUAGACAUAGUAGCCACUCUCUUUUAUCUAGACUUCAUGCUGACCAAGUUGAAGAAAGAAAGCGACAUGCUUGAGUUCUUCUCCAUCAUCCGAAUCAUGCGUCUGUGCAAGUUGACACGUCACUCCGCCGGCCUCAAGAUUCUCAUUCACACAUUCAAAGCUUCAGCCAAAGAACUUAUCCUUCUCAUCUUCUUCCUAGUGCUGGGAAUAGUUAUAUUCGCGGCCCUCAUUUACUACGCCGAGCGCAUUCAAUACAAUCCAGACAAUAACUUUGAGAGUAUUCCCGUGGGUCUUUGGUGGGCCAUCGUCACCAUGACGACAGUGGGCUAUGGUGACAUGGCGCCCAAGACGUACAUGGGCAUGUUCGUGGGCGCACUGUGCGCCUUGGCUGGCGUCCUGACCAUCGCGCUGCCUGUACCCGUCAUCGUCUCCAACUUCGCUCUCUUCUACUCGCACACCCAGGCGCGCUCCAAGCUGCCCAAGAAGAGACGGCGCGUGCUUCCGGUGGAGGCUCCCCGGCCCAAGGGACCCAAGGUGCCAGGUGUGCCCGGGGGAGUGGUGGGCCCGCAGACUCGCCGCAUGAAUGCCAUCAAGCAUAACCACCCAGGUGCGCUGGACGCCAAGAUAGCUCGACUUGCUCAUGGCGGCACCAUCCAAGAGCUGAUGCCAUUUCGUAGCCAUUAUAAUCACUUCGCAGCCCUCAUCGGCCGGAACGGCGAGGAGGCGAUCCCGAUGUUGGUGCUUAACCACUCAGACAAGCCGGACGGGGGUUGGACCCCUAGACCCCAGCCCCAGCUGCCCCUCGACAGGUCGCCUCCGCGCCUGCUAGAAAUAAGUCCCGCCAGCCCGCCGCUCAAACUGACAGACGUUAGCCGAGCGGCCGAUGCACAAGGGGCGUCUACAGCACUGUCCAGUCUACUGGUGGCCCCUAAUGCCCAGGUGACCCUCAAUUCCGCUGCUGGACCGACUCCAUCCAUCACCUCCUCUCUCCCAGUGUUCGAACCCCGGUCAAACUUGGAGGACCAGGUGCAGGAGAAAGGUCCGUUGCCAAGCGUUGUGACAGACGGGGCGGUGAUCGAGCCUCUGGUUACAACUGUUCCGUCAAGCCUCAGCAGCUCCCCGACUACAGCCACCGUCUUGGCCUCCCCUACAGCCAGUCAGAACCCAGAACAACGAUCACGUGAUCCACCGACGCCGCCUGGCACUAACAGUUCGCCCACAGCGCCCACCAAGAACAGUCUUGUCAUAGUGAACACGUAGCGCCCCCUCCUCCUUGCUUCAGCUUACACGCCCAGUGCAUCAUGAGAAAGGCCAGCAGCAACUGGCAGCUAGGAAUGUGCUUAGAGACCCUGUGUAGGGCAGCCGAGACUGACACAGCCGCCAGGGCUGCUUGCAACAUGUCAGUAGCUCGUUCCAGGUCGAGCCUUUUGGCACCACUCGCUCUGCCUGACAUCGGAUGUAGUACAGCUCGACCAUCCCGACAAGCUGAUUGGUCGUAACAGGUCUACCAGCUCGACAAGCUGACUGGUCACGUAGAUAUACCAGCCUGGCAGCUCAUUGGUGGAACGGUCCUCUCAGCCUGGCUGGUGGUUGGCUGGUCCGUGCCUCGUCCUGGUUCAAUCCGAUUGGAAGUUAUAAAUGGUAACGUCACCGCCGGAAGGGGCCUCUUUGACAAUGUUGGCGUGCAGCUGGGCGGCCAGUCACCUUGGGGCGGACGCUGAAGGUUCUGUAAUGCGUGACAUUUGUGGCUUCCAUAAUGCUGCUCUCGUACAACACAGCCCAGUGUGUCCUCACGACACUGACACUGACACUGCGUGCUUGACUGACAAUUCAAAAGGAGAGAGCCAGUGUGAGAGCCAGCGUACCUGUGUGCGUACCUGCGUAUUUUGUGUGAGAGGGAGGGUGAGUGGAUUGUGGGAGGUAGGGGUGGGGAGGGGAAUGGGCUGCAAAUAAUUGUGCCGGGACUGCGCUACAGACAACAGUUGAGCUCCAGCAGCGAGAUGCUAGCAUGGCGAUGAUGGAGCUUGUUCACACACCUCUGUGUCAUCCCUCUUCACAGUAGAAGUAUAGACAUGAGUAGCAACGAGGGUGUCCAGUGCACAAGUGAUUACCACAGUUCCCCCCUCCCCCUGCCCUGCAUUUCGCCUUUCUGUUGACAUGUGCACCAUCUCUCGUCAUGAUGCUCAGUAUAACAUGCCCUUACUUCUAUCCCUGUGUCAAGAUAACUCGCACUGCCCGCCAGCAGACUCUUCUGUGUCCGCCAUGCACCGCAAAAAGCCAACGACCAGACACGACUCAGCUCAAGCCCUUUCGUAUUCGCUGGCCUGAAGGUGCGCACCGUGUCAAAGAGAGCAGGAGGAUGGUUGUUACGAAACUGAACAAAUAGUGCGGUGGUGCGUGUCCGUGUGCGUGGAGCGGUACUGGAGUGUCUCACAACUGUCUGCUGGCGAUCACGAGGAAUGCUCAAAUCGAAAGCAGACAUGCUCGCGAUCACUUGUUUGUACUUGAGCAUUUCUGCCAUCUUUUGGGAGAAUGGAGUGGGGGUUGGGGUGGGAGGGUGGGAGGGAGAAGAUGUUGCGCGUGAUGUUGCCACCAUCCAUAGAAGUUAUUGAACAGGCGACUCGCGCUUGAUGCCCAAGCAAGUGCGGCAGGACAUGGUUGAUAAACUGAUAUUCAUGACGAAAAUGUCAUAUUUCGCUGUAGAGAGAGAUGGCCUCCACUUGGCCACUGCACUGCCCAUUUUGUACGAGGACGAACCAUUUGUUUACUCUAGUGAUACAUGCCUUUAUUGCUGUGCGCUAGAAAGUGUGAUGUAAACAAUGAUAUUAUCAGGGCCCCUGUCCCUGAGACAGAGCAUUCGUUUUCACUCAAGUCCCCAUCCUACUAUCAGCACCUUAGACUACGGAAAUCUCGUAGAAAUAUUUGAAGACCUCCAGCAAAUCCGUCUGUCGUUCGUCACAUGUCCGCCAGUUAUCUGUCCGUCUGUUGUUUCCUCUCGUGCUCCUUCCACAAUCUCUCUCUCUCUUGUGUCAGCCUUGGACACAAAGUUUCCUGCAGUGUUCUUUCUGCAGACCGUGUUUUCUGAAAUAUGGGAUGUCGCCUACUUUUCCCGCAACGAACUUAAACGACAACGCCUGCCCCGCCCUAAGCAUUUGUGUUGCACGUGCACGUGGGAGUUACCACUUGUCGCUCGUCCCUUCUUUUGCAUCUUCACAGACGUAGAUGAUGUGUUUGUGGUUCAAGAUCAGCUGUUAAUGGUUCUUGUGAAAACCACUUCGUCACCGACAUCUGGAGACUUUGACAAGGGGCUUCAGAAGUAAAUAGGUAGAUAGAUAUUUUAAUUUUGGUAUGGGGUGGUUAAGGCUUGUAAUAUCAGCGGUGAUACUUCAUGUAAGGUAAGCGCCUUCAGAACUAAAGACGAAAUGCUGGUGCUCAUUCACGGUGAAACAAAAACUGUCCAGUCUGUCUUUUAAUACUCGGACAUGCAGAAAAGACGGUCUGACUUUCGAUUCUCGGACAUGCAGACGAGUGCUGCCGACCUCACGUAACGGUCUUGAGAACAGUCUCACGCCGGAGGAUUUUUCUUACUGCAUAAUUCAUCUGUUUUCAUUGAACUGUACUCCCGCAGGAGAUGGCGCGUGUCAUUGUUGCAUGGUACAAAGCGCGUCUUCGAUUCUAGCAGAUCCCUUUAGAAUGGUGAAGUGGUGUGUAGCGGUAUGAAACAAAAUGAAAACAAGCUGGAACUUCUUCAGAAAGCAGAAACCAGACCUACUACUAUACAAGCUGCGUACUGGAAGGUCAGGUCGUCGAGACCUGCAAGAGACACGUGUGAUCUGUGAAAAGCGUGUGUGUACAAAAGAUGGCGGAUCUUGCCAGUACUAGCUGUACCAGGUCACAGUAGGACACACUGCACUAUGCGUACUAGUACAUCUUGCUAUGAGCGCUGACAUUUAGUAAUAAACGGUUUCCAGAAUAAAUGUCCUUUUAGGUAUUACAAAUUCAGUCGGCAACCGGUUAUUUUACGCAUAAUAUACAUUCAAAGCAAACAUUGUUUACCAGUCCUAGACGUGGAGCUCACCAGUGUUUAGAACCUUUGUUGUCUCUCUUCCCCUCCCCCCUUGCUGUACACUGCUGGUGUUUUUGAGUAAUGUCCUCCCCUGCCACAAUGUAAAGCAGAAAUGAGGAUCACCCUGACCAGAGGGCGCCGCACUCGGACCACAGCAUACAGAGUCUCCAAGCGUCCAUUGCUCCAGCACUAGAUGCAAAUGCUUCAUUAAGCCACAAGUCGGAGAGGACUGGUGCCUCGCGGACUGACCAUCUGGCCGCGCGUGUCCAGACUUACUGCAGUGACCUGCGUGUGACCUGCGUGUGGGUGCCGUGGGCGGCCUGCUUGCUGUGCAGCACUUCUGCUCUCCAAGUGUUCUGUCUCGCGUCCGCAGCUCUCCGUUGGCCGGCUGUGUGCCCGAAGUGACAGCGACGAGGUUGGUUCAUGGACUUUCAACAGUCGCCAGCUUGACCACACCUUUCUGUUUUGUAGGACGUGAAGGCAGCAAGCCUGAUAUUUGCUCCAACUGUCUGCUGUCUGCACAUCGACCGGACGCCUUACAGUGAAGGACAGCCAGUUGCUUUCUACCCGGGAAACCCCCCCUCGCGGGAAGUGGGACAAGGUGGGGGUGGGUGGUGGGUGGGGAACAAUGUUUCUGCAAAGACCGCAUCGUUAACGAAUGACGUCACACCGUUGUCUGUGGCGGCUCCUGCUGCUUGGUUACUGACCCUUGACCUUGCAGCCUCACUGAUGACUGAUCUGUGAUCAUGUAAAUUCUUGUCUCACAGGGUGGCCUCUUGACGAGGCCAACACCGCAUCUGUGCAAUUCCUGGUCUUAUUCUCAGAGCGGUGACAGUGGCUAAGUGUUUGAUGUAAACUGUACGCUCGGUAAUUCCUCUGCUAUUGGUAAUUCUUACUUGUCCUUGGAUAGCUCCACCAUUCUUCUCCUUCUGAUGCCACAUGCGCAACGUUUACAGAAAGCAUGUGCUUUGAUGAUUGGAUCUCAUUAUGUCUUCAAUGUGUGAUAUGUGUGAUAUGUCUGAUAGUUCACACGUCUACGCGCCUCACUUCCCGCUGUUUGUAUUGACAACAAGGUCUGCGAGAGGUGAGAGGUCGCAGGUCGUGGUUGUCAAACGUAGUUCUUUAAUGAACCUUGAAAGGUUGAGGUCAUCACCUGAGAGUGACUUGCUUUAGGUGCGGUAAAGCCCUCCAGUUUUCCGAACAUCUAAAACUAAUGUGACAAAAGUUUUGAGCUAGUGUUCAAUAAUUAAAUACAUAUUAUUCCUAUGGGGAAUAUGCAAAGAAAAUAAUGCGAUGCGUUAACAAUAUCAUUUACUGUAAAAAUAUCUUUGUUCUCGACCUGUUAGUCGACGAAGUGCAGCAGUGCAACAUCAGUUCUAUUUAGUGACAGAUGAACCGACUCUCUCUUAGUUUUUUUUAACUCUCUGUUGUUUAUCUUAAGGGAACAGUUGUCAUUGGCAGGGUUGAUACAGAUGUGAAUGAACUAAAUUCCAAACUUGUUCAUAUUUCUCACAUCAACAGAAAAAUUACUUAUCAAUGAUAUAGAGCUCUAGAACUCUAGACAAAGUGUAUCACAGACUACAAUAUUUGAAUUUUGAUCAGUGUCAUGUUUAAACACUACACACUCUGCUUUGUGACAGCACAAACACGAGAUGACUGUCCUCAUGCAUGAUCAGCUAUCUUGAUGAAUAUACAUCUGUGUGUGUGUGUGUACGCGCGCGCUUGUUUGUGCAAUAGGAAAUCAACUGAAAACCAUAAAAUUAAAAUUCUACAUAAAAAUACACUUUACCAGCAUUGUGGAACUUAAAGCAGUAAAUCUAGCCUCAUAGUUUUCGUAUCGGUGAAUAAACAAUGUAGUUUUGAAGCUCGCAAUGGAGACUUCAGACGUGUAAUGUUAAUGCAGCACAUGCCAUUUCAGUAAACUACUCAGUUUGAGCAGGUGAUGCCUUGAACAUUUUGAUGAAAGUUUUUUUUCUGGUUGAUGGAUUUCUUUCCAUUUUUCAGUCAGUCUUCCACAAAUUCGAAGACUUUUCUAGACAGCCAAACUGUCAAAAUUUCGUGACUUUUGCAACGCAGAAACUGUUGUCCAAACUUUCAAAACUCCCCUUGAACACCUUUACAGAGCAUAAUAACCCAGUUUAAAAGCUUUAUUUAAAAUAUGUGAAAUAAUUAAACAACACAUUAGGUUUUCAAAUAUAUAAUACAUAAGAAAAAAUAAUCUUUAUGAAUUUAAGACCAGAUGACAGGUUUUGUAGCUUUGGAGAAGUAAAUUUUUCAAACUUAGUUGAUUAGAGAGCCUUGUAUUACAAGUUGCCUUGGACACUAGAAGAGUAACUCCUUUGCAGUUAAAGCAAACUUGUCUGAUUGCAUAAUUUUUUACUAGAAUUUUAAGCACCGAAUUAUGCACUCACUAUUUAGUUUUUCCGCUUUUAUAAAAUCUUUAUACUGGUUUUCUUAACUUCUUCGUCAAUGUUACACAACAUUCACACACAUCAGAUGUUUGUAUGUGCUCAAUUCUUUAGCCGGCCUACAUACAGAAAAAGUCUUAGGAGCACUGAGCUUCAUUUUUGAGGUGUCUACGUGGCACAAGUGCCAGUUGCUUCAAACAUUACGACUAGUGACUUUCAAUGUUCUGGAUUUGUCAUCCAGCAGCGAGCUAUCACAUCACGCGAAUCGUUUUGUGAAUAGACAAUAAUUUUGCUGACUUUUUCUUGUGAAACAUCCCUGAUGUGGACCUCGGCAUUUGUCGCUCGGUCUUAAUCGCGUUUACCUCAAGUAAGGGCAAGUCACUCUCGCUAGCACCAAACCUUUCUGGGUUCAUAGCCAACAGCGUCCCUUGCCUCCAGCACAACGAUCACGUGGGUUUGCUUCGUUUUUUUCUAGUAUUUUUUCCAGGACUUUACUCACUCCCUUUCCAUCCCCAUUCCCUUUUUUGGCCAGACAGCACCUUCAUCUCGGCUCCGUGCAUUGACCACUUGCUGCUUAGACUGGCACUAGAUGCUGCGCGCAGUUCGCCUUUUGUCACGGCCAGCGGUCGGACGAGUGGCGCCGCCUACCGGCUGCAGGCUUCUGUGCAUUUGGCGGCUUCUCCAAGCCUAGUGUGCGUGUGACAGCUCCACGGCUGUCUUUUCUAAUUUGUAACUACUGCAAAAUGAGAAAUCUUGUCACUUUGUUAUGGAAACCAUGAUGAAACUUUGUAGCGUCGACUAGUUCUCUCGAUCCAGAGUACCUGUAUAUAUGCUCGCACUCAGCCACUCAUUUCAGUCACCCUCACACCCUCACACCCUCACAAGCAGUCGCUCGGCCGGUCCCGCUGACCAGCUGACUAGCUGGCGCCUUUAGAGCUGCACCUGGCCACCAGACUGCGUUGUUACAGGACGCUCUCGGAUGAUUGUUGUCCACCAACUUGGCAGUUCAUGUGUCCAUAGUCAGCUUUAUUUUCAUUUUAUUUACACACACAUAAACAAACAAACAAACAAACACACACACACAUACUCACCCAACCACACACACACACGCACGCGCGCCACAAACAGUCCCAACCAUGCGUCAGGCAGGAGAGUGCGGAACAUGAAAGACGUGCCAGAGCGACAUUCAGAUUUCACUUGACGAAGAAAAGAUUUUUUUUUCUCUCGUUGGAUCUUUCGGCAGUGACACUGCUUCCUCUUGUCCUCCACGUCUACAGCAUGUUGCGUGCACUUCAUUGUUGCUCGCGGACAGCCAAGGUCUACGAGUGCACUUGCCAGUGUUCUACAUGGCAUGAUCAGGUGUUUACAUUCAACCUUUGGCAGUGAUUAGCAUUCUGCAUGCAUGUGAAACUAAAGUUAGGUCAGUUGAGAAGACAAAAUGUCGCUGACAAUUUCAGUAGCCUUCACUUUAAUUUAUAUUUGAGAAAAUGAAACCCUCCAUCUAUUUUGUUUCCCCUAAGACUAGCCUGUCAUGAAUUCAUUUGUAACAGCUUAUACCUGUUGUAAUAGCAGACUCAUUCCCGCAGCUCUGCGAUAAUUACUGCUGAACCUGUAUACAAACUAGGCAAUCACACGUGUUUGUAUAGAAAGCUAGGUAAUCACAGAAUGCUAUAUGCAAACUAGGCGAUCACAAAAUGCUGUUUACAAAAUAGAUAAUCACAGAAUGUUGUACACAAACAAGGCAGUCAUACAAAUUUGUAUAUAUAAAUAUAAAAAUAGAUGAUCACCCAAGUGAGGAGUAAGCAGAAGCACAGCGGAAUGACGGAGCCUGCUCAAGCUGUGAUGGAGAGAGCACUGUGUGACAUCCCCCUGGCCAAUACACAGGUGGCUAGUCUCCAGGUGUGUCGACACCAGCACAUGCUCAUCAUGUGAUCGACAAAGGAGAUGUUUCUGGAGACCUUGCUCGUCACUUGGCAAGUCGUUGGUUGAGGAGGAACUGAUGCAAAAUGACACGUAAACACAUAACAUUUCAAGAUACCACCAACUUCACUCCUGAACAGCAGCACUGUGCAAUCUUAUUUCUAAUAUUUCUGACAAUUAAAAAAAUCACUAUUAGGUA